AGAAUCAAGCACUCUCACUCUCGUCUUCUUCGACCACCCACUCAAUUCAUUCUCUCUCUAAAAUCUUUCGUGCUCCUUUCACUUAUUUCACUCUCUCUCUCUAGAACAAUGGGCAUCGUUGAUAACAAUAGCAAGACACUAUGGGAAAACAUGACCCAUGGACCUUCUUCACGUUACGCACUUAACGGCAAGAUCAUGCUCGCUUCCGUGAUCAUCCUCUUCGUCGCCGUCAUUCUUAUUCUCUGUUUCCACAGCUACGCCAGAUGGUUAUUCCGUCGUCAAAACCGCCGUAUUCGCCGCCGUAUCAGUGCUCAUCUCCGAUCUCUGUCCGCAGCUAGAGACCCUACCCAAUCCUCCGCCCUAUCUCCUCUCGAUCCGACGGUGCUCGAGAAGAUCCCAAUCUUCGUCUAUUCCGCUAAAACCCAUAAAUCUCCGCCCGAGGAUUGCUCCGUUUGCUUGUCGGAAUUUGAAGAAGAAGACGAAGGACGUGUCCUUCCCAAAUGCGGCCACGUGUUCCAUGUUGAUUGUAUUGACACGUGGUUCCGGUCGAGAUCUAGCUGUCCGCUUUGCAGAGCUCCGGUUCAGCCCGAGGAGUCGGUUACUGAAUCCGGUUUGAGGAAUUCAGAACCGGUUGCUACCGUGUUUCAAUCGGUUAAGCCAAUUGAAGAUACCGAAGCUGGAAGCUCGUCUUCAUCGGACGAAUCAGAAUCCUCGACGCCGUCUUCGUCCUCUGGUUCGCCGGUUAGGUUUCCGACGGAAGAGUGUGAGAGGGAACCGAUUGAUUUAGUCGGUAUAGUUGUUGAGAUACCCAGAGAAUUUGACAACUCUAACUCGGGUCUACCCGGAGAUGACGGAUCGAAUAAUCGGGGUUUAUUGAGAGGCUAUGGAGUAUUUGAUUAUUCAAAAAGAAUAUUCGGAUACUAAAGAAUCCGACCCGGUAAUCCGGGGGAACCCAGAACCGUGUGGGCAAGAAUUCGGAGUCUUCAUGUAACUGACAGGUGUUACGGCGGGGGUGGAGACACGUGGUUUUUUAGUGUCCACGCGGCGAUCAGUGCCAAAUCCUUGGGACGUUUCUUUUACGAAGAGACGGCGUUUGAAAAAAUGAACGGGAAAAAGUAACGGAGCUAUUCUGUAAUGUAAAAUACGUACGGUAUCGUUUAGGUAGAGAAGCAAAAGCGCUCACCCGCCAAAACGAUUCUCUUUGUUCUUUUGUAAUCUCUUAAAUGGUUUGUUACAUAAAUGUAACUAAAAUAAUUGAAACAAAUCAACGGUUCUGAAAAUAUUAUUUGUUAAUCCAAUU